AAUAGUCGAGAACGACGAAUACAGCCCAAAAGUAACAUCAGCGUUCUAAGAAUACCGGCGCAAACGUUGCUCCUGUGGCCGCCGUAGCCGCCAUUUUGAUACAAAUGUCUACCGACAAUGCGCUAAUUAUUCUUGCGAGAAUAUUGCGAGUAAUCGCAAGAGCUCCACCACUCCCUUAGAAAUUUCGACUUUGAAUUUUCGCUGGGGCGGACUUCGCGUAUAAAACUUGCCGACGUACGUGCCGAUAGAGGGAAGCCGCGAUUGCAUCGCGCCGGUUGCCAGUUUUCGAAUUUCCAUUGUUUUCAUUUCUCUCGAAGUUUUUUUUCUGUUAGUGUCUUCUCCUUCUUCCUUCCCCCUUUUCAUAUGCAUCGGAGCGUUAAACGCAGCGUGCGCUCGUUUUGUUAUUUGCUGAAAGUCGUUUGCAUCCGUUGCAUUGCCCGAACUAGGUUAACAGAUUGUUCACGUUAAUCACAAUGAGUAAAGUUAAGGAGUCUCCUCAUUCAGAUAACGAGGCAGAAGAGGAAUUUAGUGUAGAAAAGGUUCUAGAUAGAAGAGUUGUGAAGGGGAAGGUAGAAUAUUUCUUAAAAUGGAAAGGAUAUUCAAACGAUGAAAAUACUUGGGAACCAGAAGAAAACUUGGAUUGUCCUGAUUUAAUUGCUCAAUUCGAGGACCAACGAAAGAAGAAAGAGGCGGCAGCAUCUGGAAAACGCCAUGAAGAAAAAGAACAGAAAAAACGAAAGAGCACCAGCACACCGACACCUACUCAAGCUAAGAAAAAAUCAGUUGAGGAUAAAAAACUGGAAGGAGUUGACAGAAAUUUAGAGUCCGAACAUAUCGGUGCGACAGAUUUGUUAAGAAUAAAAGAUAUCAAUAUACGAAUAUCCUUGACUUGGUAUAUUUAUAAAUUUAUUUCUUUUAUAGGAUUUGACAGAAAUUUAGAGCCCGAACGUAUUAUCGGUGCGACAGAUUCCAGCGGCGAGUUGAUGUUCCUGAUGAAAUGGAAGGGAACCGAUGACGCGGACUUGGUACCUGCACGUAUCGCUAAUGAAAAGUGUCCACAGAUCGUGAUUAAGUUUUAUGAGGAACGACUCACGUGGCAUAGUCCCGCUCAUGACGACGAAAGCUCUACGAAACCUGAUCCGGAGUAGCGUUCAGCCUUCCGAUAUGCAUAUACUGCGCGGUUUAGAAUAUGUCGCAUCUAGCGAGAUUUGUUAACCGCGGGCAACAGGAGAAGUGAACAACUCGCGAACUCAUCUGUCAUCAGUGCACAUUGCAAAUAAUUAAUAUAGAUUUAACGUUUUCGUAUGAGCUUUGAGAAGUUUAUUAAUAACGAUACAUAAUUACCUAUUUUUGGAUUGUAAAAACGCGAGUUUUCAUAAAGUAAUUGUAUAAUAUUGUUGACAUGCAUAUCCAAACAUUUCUCUCAAUUAAUAAUUCAAUAAAUUUCUUUAAAUUAUUUCUUUAAGUAUAUUAGUAUUCACCAAACAUAUUCCUUUCACAGUGGCAAUGAUUUAUACGAGAAUUGCGCGCUUUCUUGUUCUUUCCCGUCUUAAUAUAUUUUUUAAUGUAUUUUAAUAUUACGCUACCAAACUCAUACCACUUACCUACCUUUCAAAUUUCUAACGAAAAUAAAUUAUCUGAAAUAC